AUGUCAACUACAAAUCUUGAAGAUAAUACAUUAAUAACCUGUGAUUUAUGUAAACGACGUUAUAAUAUUAAAGUUUAUGAACGUCAUAUAAGUGAAAAUCAAUGUAUAAAACGAAAUAAUCAUCGACUACCAUUUGAAUCAGUAAAACAACGUUCAGUUCACGUUGGUGAUGAAAUAAUUCCUAUUCAACAACAAUCCAAACAGAAAAAUAAUAAUUUUCAAAUAUUUAAUAAACAAGAGAAUAAGAAACAAAGUCUACCAAAUCAUUCAAAACAAAAUCAAGAAAAACCUCAAAAAGCAUUACCAUCGAAUAAUCGUCAACGUUCACUUGAACGAGCCAGGCAAUUAUUUCAACGACGAAUUAAAUAUAAACCACCAUUGAUUCAAAAGCGAUCGAACUUGACUAAGAAUUUCCAAACACAACACUCUUCUAAUAAUACUAUUAAUACACAACUAUUAACAAAAAAACCAAUACAGCGAUUGUGUUCUCAUGAACAAUCACCUCCGCCAACAACUAAAUUUGAUGAUAUACCAAUCGAAAUAUCUGAUCAUCGUACAGUUUCCAAACAACCAAUUUUAACAGAUAAACGACCGAGUUUUGCUAAUAGUUUUCGAACACAACAUUCUUCUAAUAAUGCUAUUAAUACACAAUCAGUGACUAAAAAACCAAUACAACAAUUGCACACCUAUGAGCGAUCACCAUCACCAACAACUAAAUUUGCAAAUGAUGAUGUACCAAUUAAAGAAUCUGAUGGUAGUAUAUAUAAUCGUACAGUUUCUAAACAACCAAUUUUAACACGUAAACGAUCGAAUUUUACGAAUAAUUCCCAAGCAGAACACUCGUCUAACAAUGCUAUUAAUACACAACUAUUAACAAAAAAACCAAUACAACGAUUGUAUUCUCAUGAGCGAUCACCCCCGCCAACAACUAAAUUUAAAAACGAUGAUGUACCAAUUAAAGUAUCUGAUGAUAGUAUAUAUAAUCGUACAGUUUCUGAACAACCAGUUUUAAGACAUUCUCCUAAAAUACCAAUUGCUCAUGCGUCUAUUACAUCUAAAGAUCAAUCAAAUCGAGCAGAUCAAACAUUUUCUCAAGAACAAGCAAGUUCAUCUCCAAGAGCAAUGCGUAAUACAACUACUUGGACUCGUCUGACAAAACAAUCUUCGCCUCGUAAUAUUAUUUCACCGAUUCAAAUUCCAACCUUUCAUGAAUCAUCAUCUGCUUCACAUUAUGAUCGAAUAUCAAUACCAUUGAAUCAAAACUGUGAUGAUGAUGAUGAGUUUGAACGUUACAGUCCAACUCCACCAUCGACACCUAAAUAUCAUCAUCAUGAUAAAACAUAUAUAAAACAAAACUUUAGUAUUGAUGAACAACUUCAAAACAUGAUACGACCAAUUACAUAUCAAACAGCGAAGAGAUCUGAACGGCAGUUACAAAACGAAAUUCCAAUAAAUUCUCAUUCUAAAUUUCAUUUACCACCAAUAAAUCCUUAUUCACAUUCUAAAAUUAGACAUCAUUCAACAAGAAAUCCUUCGCCAUGGCGUUAA